ACACUCCUCUCUCUCUCUCUCUCUCAAUGAGCUUCUUCAUCAGGGUUUUCCUUGAAUCUCCACAAAUUUAUACCGGACAGAGUUACAGGACAGUGAAUUGAUUUUUCUGUGCUUUUCUGAAUUCAUUGGAGUCGAAAUAUCUUAGCAGAGGAGUUUUCAAUUUUUUUUUUUUUUUUGUAAGAUCUGAAAUCACAAAACUUAUUUCUUUUGCUUCCCAUCAGGAAGUGAGAUUGAAACUUUCUGUCGAAUACCACAUAUGGCUUACGCCUGGAAAAGGGAUAAGAACCAGAAGCUUUUAGCAACCAAAACAUUAAUCUCUCUUCUUGUCCUUUCCAUCAUCUUCCUCUCCUCUCUCUUCUUCUUCACUUCCUCAUCUCUCCAAAACUCCAAUACUAAUCUUUCGAUCAAUACCCAAUUCCCAAUCCCUCCUUUCGACUGCUUCAAAUGUCCUCAAUCAAAACCCAUAAUCGCAAACGUCGUCGAGAAUCUCAAAUAUCCUUUUGUCUAUUCGCUCGCUGAUCUCGGCAAUCUCCCGGAGAAACCUCACAAGAACAUAAUGAGGCUGCUUAAAGGAAAGCCCUUUCGGAAACCAGACAUCUCCGCCACGAUUCAGGAGGUAUUGGAGAAGAUGAGGAUUAAUGGCAAAGAUGGGUUUUUUCUCGAUGUCGGAGCUAAUGUGGGUAUGGCUAGCUUUGCUGCGGCUGCUAUGGGGUUUAAAGUGCUUGCUUUUGAGCCUGUUUUUGAGAAUUUACAGAGGAUCUGUGAUGGGAUUUGGUUCAACAGAGUUGCCUCUUUGGUUACAGUGUUUGAAGCUGCUGCGUCUGAUAGAAAUGGGGACAUUACAUUCCAUAAGCUGGUUGGACGGCUUGAUAACAGCGCCGUCUCGGAGGUGGGUGCAAGACUUGCAUUCAAGUCCAACAAAGAAAUAGCAGUCCAAGUGAAAUCUAUACCGCUUGAUGAACUUAUAUCGCCUUCUCAAGCUAUUCUUCUUAUCAAGAUCGAUGUUCAAGGUUGGGAAUACCACGUUUUAAAGGGUGCAAAAAAGCUACUAUCCAGGAAACCAGCAGAAGCUCCGUAUCUAAUAUAUGAGGAAGAUGAGAGAUUGCUCAAGGCAAGCAAUAGUAGCUCCAAAGAGAUACGCGAUUUUUUGAAAAGCCUUGGAUAUAGUAAAUGUAGCCAGCAUGGCACAGAUGCACACUGCUCCAAGGAGUAAAAGACGUGGACUUGGUGAAAACUUGUUAUAAGAUGCCAUACGAGUUGCGGAUCGACUGGUAGGAUGCCAUUAGCUGCUAAUUUUGGUCAGUCAUGUUUGUUUCUCCUUGUAAUAUUUAUUUUUUUUGAUACAUUUCAGUGAUGCAUAUCAAUGAUCAGUUAGCAUCUCCCUUUGACUUGCUCUGUUUGCUGGCCGUAAUGACAUGUCUUCAAUAUAAUUGGCAUAAUAGUUUUUUA